AUGCAAAUUAAGAUACUAUAUUCGUUCAAUAACAAUCUGACUACAUUUUUAUCACGAUCGUCUCAGCUAUAUCCAGUGCAGACCGUUGAUGUUCCUAUCCAGUCUUCGCUAGGUGAAACCCCCGGUAUGAUCACCUUGGGUGCUUUUGAGUUGAAAAACUGUAUCCAACAAUUACUUGAAACGAAUCUGGAAAACUUCAAGCUCCAGAGCGAAGAUUACGCAGUUUACUAUAAAGAUAUAACUGAACAACCCGAUGAACCAUUUGUGAGCAAUGGCGUGUUCUCAUCACUUUUAUCCAGCAAUGAGUCAUGUCUAAUACCUGGCCGUGUUUGUCAAAACGUUUCGGCGAAUAUUUUAUUUGGCAAAAAGGGCAAUUCGGCAUCGUUGACCUUGGAAAUUAGACUAAAGUUACAUACAAUCGAGGCGGCACAAUCUGCAACGGCAUCUGCAACAACAACAACAGCAGCAGCAACAACAACAACAAUGGCAGCAAUGCGCAACUCUUCACAACAGCAGCGGCAGCCACGUCCGCAACAGGUAAGUCGACAUCAUCCCCUUCAUACAACACACACUACACUACAAGUUGAGCGCAAAAGACCCUACGAUGCAUUGCUGCUGAGUGUCUCUUCGUUCAUACCGGCAGCGAAAGCAACUAGGACAUUAUCCCUACCCUCAUAUGCAAACAUUCAUGAUAUCCAACAAGCGGAUAGAAAUCCCACUUUGCGAUAUAAUCGAGAAAAUGUGGAAAACAGAUUUAAGCUGGCAUCGUUCUAUCGAGACAAGGUUGUAUUUGACAAGGGCGAGAAAAGGCAGAAGCGCUAUCCAAAUGUUUCGCAACCACCACACUCACAACCAAAGUCGAGCUCUUUCACUUCUUCACAACUACUUCCUCAACGCGCUGUGCGUACCAGAUCUAUGUUUGUAAAUACCCCGACGAUGGCCUCAUCUCCAAUAAACGAAGAAACUUAUUCUUCAGAUGAUCCAGAGUACAAGGCUGGUGAAGACCAAAAAACACAUAUUGAAGAAGAAGAAGAAGAAGAGGAGGAGGAUGGGGAGGGGGAGGAUGGGGAGGAGGAGGAAGAUGAAGACGAUGAAGACUAUGAUGCAACAUCGCCCUAUACGCCUCAGCAGCCACCUUUUGUGAACAAAGAAACGCCUCCGGAACUUCCAGAAGAUUUGGAUAGUAAACGCACCCACACAAUAUCGAGCUCAAAGCUUCCAGAAAACCACGGGUUGGUGUGCAUCAAUUCGUGCUGCCGCACGCAAACAUCAAUCGCUUGGAAAUAUUUUGAGACGGAAUACAAACCUCAUUUUUCAGCAUUGAUAAGGGCUACGGAAUUUGACAAGAAGCAUUACGAAGGCAUGCAUGGGCCACUUUGUAAUGCAUGCUUUCUAUUCUACAAGAAUAAAGGAUUCAUGAGACCGGAACAUGUUGUACGGAAAUAUAAUCAGCAGCAGAGAUAUAAUCAAAAAUUGAGAAUGAGGAAUUCAAAAGAGGAGGAGGAAGCCGACCAUUUGACGAGAUCGGCGUUGAGUACUAUAGCCAGUAGUAAGAAAAAUUUGGCAUCGUCACCUGCCACCUUUCCAACGCCUUCACAUACACCAUCUACUAUCAAUCAAGUAAUUCAAAACAAAUAUCAUAGUGGGAAUAAUCAUUUUCACAUGAACCCAACUCCAACUGGUCAGACUCCCGAAUACAAUGACUUAAUGAACCAGUUGAAUGUUUAUGGUGGACCCAGUACCGACAUCGAUCCGUUGCCCGGUGCAACGCCUCCAAUGAUUGCUGUCAAAUCAAAUACAAGAGUGAUAAAUAUUGGUGUUGAUGACUUGGACGCGAAAAAAGCAACAAAACUAAAUACUCGAGUGAUAAAUAUUGCCAAUGAUGAAGAUGAAAAUAAGGAAAACUGUCCUCCACAAACCAUCAACACCAUCAACAACAAGAACGCCGCCACCACCACCACCACCACUGCUGCUUCUUCCGCUACUGCAAAAGAAUUUGCCGAGUUUGACGCCAUGCUACAGUCCAUUCAUGAGGAUGCCAACACCAACUGGAUGAACUUCUUUUCGCAACCAACACCUAGAGACCAGAACAGUCCCAAUUCCAAAACUCCCGUAGACCAGAAUCCUAGCGUCAACAUCAAAAGAAGGCCAAACACAUCAUCAUCAUCAUCAGCAUCAUCUAGACAAUCACGCAAUGACAAGCUGUUAGUAAACAUGCCUAGUUCUCCUUACUUGUCUACACAACUUCAUUCCGAUGAAGCUGUUGGAGGUGAUGGUGAUGCUGGUAUUGAUGAUGAUGCUGAGAUUAAUGAAGAGUUGAAACAGUUGGUUGAUAGGAGCACAUAUAAAGCAUUUAACAACUCCACUCCUGAUAAAGCUAAUAGAACAGACACAACGAACCUGUUGUUGAAUUGGCAACACAAUACAAAUAAUGCCAAUGCUAGUAACAAGAACUUGGCUUCAACACCAAGCACUGAUUUUUUCUCUAAUGAUGAUGCAGUGAAAUUAGAUUUGGCUGUUGAGGAUAAUAAGGAAAAAGCUACAAUUACGUAA